CUGCAGCAGCAAUGGAAAUCAGCAUGCAGAACGGAAGCACGCUGCUCUCUUGCAAUGAGCCAAAAGACAUGCCAAGCGUGCUGGCUUUGCAGCCUCUCUGGGACUUAGUCAGAACGCAGGAGGGUUUGAUGAAGUCUCCAUUCUUCCCAGUGCUGUUCAACUUUAUAACAUACACAGCUUUCUGCCUGCCUUUUGUCGCUCUGGACUUUUUAAGCGCUUGGAUCUCCGCCUUGAGAAAGUAUAAAAUCCAACCGCAGAUGUCCCCCUCGCCGCAGAUGGUAGCAGUCUGUCUGACUCAAAGCAUCUAUCACCACAUCGUGUGUAUCUUUCCAGUGACUGUUGCGCAUUGGUACUGGAGGCCAGUGAGCUUGCCCAAGGUCGCUCCCGAGGUGCCAGUGCUUAUCCUGGAGGUAGCUGUUUGCCUGCUGAUGUUUGAUUUCUUCUCCUUUUCGUGGCAUUUGCUCCACCACAAGGUGCCAUGGCUCUACAAAACUUUCCACAAGAUCCACCACAAGCACAUCUCUACCUUUGCUCUGACCACCCAGUACGCCAGCAUUUGGGAACUGCUCUGGCUGGGUUUCUUUGCUGUAAUAAGUCCGAUGCUGCUGAACUGUCAUCCAUUGACGGAAAUGACUUUCUUCAUUGCCAACAUCUGGUUUUCAGUAGAAGAUCAUUCUGGCUAUGACCUGCCAUGGUCAACCCAUAGACUGGUGCCUUUUGGCCUGUAUGGAGGCGCUCCACACCAUGAUCUCCACCACUUGAAGUUCAAAUUCAACUAUGCACCUUACUUUACACACUGGGACCGGCUGUUUGGAACUCUUAGUCAUGGUGUCAGGGAAAACAAUGUAUCUGUGAAGGUCAACAAAGAUUAAUUUUGAACCCCAUCCCUCACCCCAUCCUUCCCAGAGUCAAUAUUUUGGAAACUCUGAUGUGAAAAUAAGCUGAGGAAAUUUGUACUGCACAUAUUUGUGUUAAUAUAUUUAUAUGUUGUAUUUAAUUAAUAUUCAUAGCUUAUGAUGUUUGGAAUUUGGUUCUAAUGACACAAGCUUCGUGAAAGAGAUGAAAACAGUAUGUUUUUUCUGCGGAUAUCUGUGCUUUUAUAAAGCUGCUAUAAAUGAUCAACUAAUAUCUAAGUCUGCUGGCUGAAGAAAUAAUGCAUACAUAUAAUUCCUAUGGAAUUUCUCUUGUCUUCAAAUUGAGGAGAAAAGGGUUCUUUUUGUAAACAUUUCUGUUUGUUGCUAACCGAAACGUAGCACUGAUCUUUUGUCCUGUGAGAUUUAAAUUAUUUAUAUUAUAUUGAUGAA